AUGAAUAGACAACACAAAACGGCGGUUUCUAUAUUUUUGGUUGAUCUUGCACACGACAACUCAAAGUGCUCAAUGUCACUGAUACGCCAGGAAAUAGAAGAAAUCAAAAACUUUAACGCUACACUCGAAGCAACAUUAUCUAGUUUAACCACUAUAUCUGAUAAUUUAUCAGUAUUUGCUAAUAAUCUCGAUUCCUCAAAGAAACUGUCUAACAUUUACACCGACAUUUAUGACCAUGAUCGCAGGUUACAACAAAACAUUAAUAACAUAGGUAUAUGUUUUGAUGAAAGAAAACUAGACGAAGACAUCAAAGACUUGGAGCAACAAAUUGAGUCUUUGAAAUCACAAUUAAGCAAAUAG